AUGCUAAGAUCGAUAGGAGGUGUAAUAGUGAUUGCUGGAAUACUCUUGUUAUACGUUUUUGUACGCCGGAAGCGGAAGCAGUUUACUAAUCAGUCUCCUGAUUUCAAUGACUCCACGAGUACUGACAAUUUCUUUCUCGGUGCACCACCAGCAAAGGAGGGCUUGCCUUCUCCAAAUAACGAUCGUACGAGAUUGGGAGGUUCUGAUGAAAAGAUCUUCAAUAAUAGCGACACUGAACUGGGUGGUCGCGACAGUUCUAGCGGUGGAUUCUUGAAAAACAUUAUUGCCAUGAAGGGAUUCAAGCGUUUAAGUGGACAGAAUCAGGACACUACUAAUAACGAUGAUUUGACACUGUUCUCAGGACCCCCUGGUAGUAAUGGAACUCCGGUGAAGACCGUGGGUGGAGCUAGAGCCUAUUCUGCAAACAAAGAUUCAGACAUUGAUCAAGUAGAAACUCCAACCCAUACUAAUUUCAGAAACACCUCACAAGAUUACACAUAUCGUGGAGUUACCAAUUCCAAUAACUUGGACUCUGUAUUCAAGAAACUGGGAGGCCCAACCACUGGAAACAGUACCAAUUCGAACAGUAAUGGAGCUCCAACCAUAAUCAACGGUCCAAUUUCUCCUACUUCAGUUUAUGCAUCCAAUGCAGCUAGUAAUCGAAAUUCACAACUUGGAGCUGACGACUUUUAUUUUAAUGAAGACAGUCGGACGCCAUUCCGCAAUCCACUGGUGGAUUAUCGUGGCCAUAAAGCACCUUAUCCAACAAACAAUGACCAAUAUAGAGGGUUCGGCCAGUCGAGGUUUCAAGAAAAUUUUGAGUAA